CGGCGUAAGUCCCGCUGUGCGCAGGUGCAGCGUCCUUCGCGCUGUACGUAGGUGCCGUACGUCCCGCUGUACGUAAGUGCAGCGCCUUUCCCCCUCUCCGUAGGCGGCGUACGUCUCGCUGUGCGCAGGCGUAGUGGCCGUGUCCCAGGCGGCGGCAGCGGGGCGGGCACCGGGCAGGCAGAGCGGGGCGGACGGGGGCGCGGCCGCGGCGAUGGCGCUGGCGCUGGGCGAAGGCGGUGGGAGCCGGCUGCGGCGGCAGCUGGAGUCGGGGGGCUUCGCGGCGGGCGAGUACGUGAAGCAGCUGUCGCAGCAGUCGGACGGUGACCGGGACCUGCAGGAGCACCGGCAGCGCAUCCAGGCGCUGAGCGAGGAGACGGCGCAGAGCCUGAAGCGCAACGUGUACCAGAACUACCGUCAGUUUAUCGAGACGGCGCGGGAGAUCAGCUACCUGGAGAGCGAGAUGUACCAGCUCAGCCACAUCCUCACCGAGCAGAAGGGUAUCAUGGAGGCUGUCACCCAGGCCUUGCUCCUCCAGGCUGACCGCGACGACCCCGCGCUGGGCGCCCGCCGCGCCGCCGCCGCCGACCCCUUCCUGUCCCUGUCAGCCAAAGAGGCGGCCGCCAGCGAGGAAGGGCGGCAGCGCACCCUCACCACCCUCCUGGAGAAGGUGGAGGGCUGCCGCGACCUCCUGCCUGAGAGCCCCGGCAAGUACCUGGUGUACAACGGGGACCUGGUGGAGUACGACGCCGACCACAUGGCGCAGAUCCAGAGGGUGCACGCCUUCCUCAUGAAUGACUGCCUGCUCAUCGCCACCGCCUUGCCCAACCGCCGUGGAGCCUAUCGCUACGAUGCCCUCUACCCCCUGGACGGGCUGGCCGUGGUCAAUGUCAAGGACAACCCACCCAUGAAGGACAUGUUCAAGCUGCUCAUGUUCCCCGAGAGCCGUAUCUUCCAGGCUGAGAACGCCAAGAUCAAAAAGGAGUGGCUGGAGGUGCUGGAGGAGACCAAGCGCAACAGGGUCCUCAGUGAGAAGCGACGCCUGGAGCAGGAGGCCCUGCCUCGGCCUACCCCGACACCCUCUGAAUCCACCAACCCCUUCGAGGAGGAAGAGGAGGAGGAAGAGCCCUCUGCUGAGGAGGAGGUGGUCGACCUCUCACUUGAGUGGAUCCAGGAGCUGCCUGAGGACCUGGAUGUCUGCAUCGCUCAGCGAGACUUUGAGGGGGCGGUGGACCUGUUGGACAAACUCAACGAGUACCUGGGGGACAAGCCUGUGAGCCAGCCCGUGAAGGAACUGCGGGCCAAGGUGGAUGAGAGGGUUCGGCAGCUUACGGAUGUGCUGGUGUUUGAGCUGUCUCCAGACCGUUCGCUGCGGGGAGGGCCACGGGCCACCCGCCGAGCUGUGUCCCAGCUCAUUCGCUUGGGCCAGUCCACCAAGGCGUGUGAGCUGUUCUUGAAGAACCGAGCCGCUGCUGUGCAGACAGCCAUCCGACAGCUGCGCAUCGAGGGUGCCACACUACUCUACAUCCAUAAGCUCUGCCAUGUCUUCUUCACCAGUCUUCUAGAGACGGCGAGAGAGUUUGAGACUGACUUUGCUGGCAACAGUGGCUGCUACUCAGCCUUCGUAGUCUGGGCCCGCUCUUCUAUGAAGAUGUUUGUAGAUGCCUUCAGUAAGCAAGUAUUUGAUAGUAAAGAAAGCUUGUCAACUGCGGCGGAAUGUGUCAAGGUAGCUAAAGAGCACUGCAAGCAGCUUAGUGAGAUUGGACUGGAUCUCACCUUCAUCAUCCAUGCCCUUCUGGUAAAGGAUAUCAAAGGUGCUUUACAGAGCUACAAGGAUAUCAUCAUCGAGGCCACCAAACACCGCAACUCUGAGGAAAUGUGGAGAAGGAUGAACCUAAUGACUCCAGAGGCACUGGGAAAACUCAGGGAGGAAAUGAGGAGCUGCGGGGUGGGCAAUUUUGACCAAUAUACAGGGGAUGACUGCUGGGUCAACCUUAGCUAUACUGUAGUAGCUUUCACUAAGCAGACAAUGGCCUUCUUGGAGGAAGCGUUAAAGCUUUACUUUCCAGAGCUACAUAUGGUUCUUCUGGAGAGUCUCGUGGAAAUCAUCCUGGUGGCUGUCCAGCAUGUUGAUUACAGUUUACGGUGUGAACAGGAGCCUGAGAAAAAAGCAUUCAUUAGGCAGAAUGCAUCCUUCCUGUAUGAAACUGUCCUUCCUGUUGUGGAAAAAAGAUUUGAGGAAGGAGUUGGAAAGCCAGCCAAGCAGCUACAGGAUCUGAGAAAUGCUUCAAGAUUGAUGCGUGUUAAUCCGGAAAGUACCACCUCUGUGGUGUGAAGUGACCUCACUGUUAUUAUGAACAGAGUAUGAAAGCACUUACUGAAAAUGUUGUCCAUUGACUAUAUGAACUAAAUGAUUUUUUUGAGUCCCUGAAAAAUACAGAAGUCUAACUGCUGCACUCCAGAAGCUGAAGACUGCAAGGAUGCAAUGCCAUUCUUGGUGGACAGGGGGUAGCGGAGCGAGGAAAAAGGUUGAGGUCACAGCAUAUCCGAUAUAAGAGUGGGUUAUGUAGUGUUUGUGACUUGGGAAAUACUAUAAUAUACCAUUUUUGGCAAAAUGUUUGUGGAAGUCUUAAAUAUAUGUACACCAUGUGGCAGGAAAAAAUCAGUUCUCAUCAUGUCACUGUAAGAAUUCUUUUUUAAGGCAGCAUUCUGGUAGAAGAAGGAGUGCUGGAACACUCCCAGGGUGUGCUAUUCAGUGAGGCACAUCCACCAUCCAGGUGUGACUCAGCGCUGCAGAUAAACAGCAUGAAUUUGCACAGACUGAUUUGUUUGUAGCAGUGCAGACUCUUCAGUUUCUCCAGCUUUCAAAUUCUCUUCAUUCAUUUCAGAGGCAGACCUAAAUAAAAAAAAGGGUUUUUUUACAGGCUUUUUGUGUUUGUGUGAAGAGGCUGCUUCUAUUUCAUAAGCUGUCCUGUGGGUUUUAAUUACAGCUCUCUGAAAACAAACCUGCUGCUGUCAGAAACAUUUGUUCCUUUCAGAGAAGUGAGAAUAACUCUUCCCUUCCCCUUUGUGUUGCCCUUCCUUGUUUUCUCAUGGGCUUCAUUGGGGUCAAAUCUGUUUGAUGAAGUGUGUACUUUUGCUUGAGGUGCUGUCAUAAAUGCAUUAUGGAGCAUUACCUACUGGAAGAAAACACAGUGAAGAGGCAUAAAUGCUUUUGAUUUGUGCAGGGCAGAGGGACAGUCUGAAGGCACUGUUUCUUUUGCAGGAAACAGAAUGCUAAUUUUGCUGUACAGAAGCAGCACAGAAUGAAGAGAGUGGGUUUGAGGCUUCCCGUAAACAAUGUGAUCUUCAAAAUACACUCUCUUUCCUGUGAAUAUUAGUAUCAUUUACUGUAGCAUGGCAAUAACCAAGAAGAACUAUCUUUUUUGCAGAAAACACAAGGACUGUAUUUGGUUGGGAACCCUAUAAUGUAGAUGGAGGAAGUUUAGGCAAAUGCUUGUAUGUUUGGAUUGAAUGGUGUUGGCUAUCUCGUUCAGUGUGUGCCUCUGAAAAUAAAAUAAGCCAAGUCUUGUGUAAAGGUUGGCUGCAAACAGUUGUUAGCAUCAUCUUCUACACUGUGUACACUUCUUCCCCUUUAGUGCAGAUUUUCUUAGUUAUGAGAAAACCAUGUUACAGCUAAGUAACCUUUUAUUAGAUUCUUAAUAAGGCUUGCAAGCUGGAAGAAUAAUUGAGUAUCCCAUUCCUCUUGCACUUUCACAUGAAAGCUUUAGCAAUUUGUAUCAUGGUAGUGAAUGCCUCCUGACUUCCUGAACAAACAAAAGAUAUCGCUAGUAAAACAUUCUGCAUAAUUGCUUACACUGGAGCUUCUUCAUUUCUCUCUGUUUUCACAGUGCUGGUUCAAUGCUGUUUUCACUUUUGUGCCUGGUUUUCCUUCUCUUGUUC